ACAUUAAAAAGUCUGGGUGCUGUAUCCUAAAGCAUGUCGGACACCGAAGAGGCCACGUAUGAGUGAGUACUCAGUUUGUUUCAACAGAGAGAAGAACCAAGCCAACAAAAGCAUUGUCCACACUAAAGACAAUGCAGAGGAACAUGGGGGAGGUACAGAGGAUUCAAAGCCCAAGCUAAAGGUGGCUUUUGUGCCUGGCUUGGCCCCUCCUAAGAUCCCAGAGGGUGAAAAAGUAGACUUUGAUGACAUUCACAGGAAGCGUAUGGAAAAGGACCUGACUGAGCUGCACACGCUGAUUGAAGCUCACUUUGAGAAGCGGAAGAAGGAGGAGGAGGAGUUGAUUAUGCUCACUGACCGCAUUGAAAAACGCAGGUCUGAGAGAGCAGAGCAGAUGAAGAUCAGAUCUGGGAGAGAACGAGAGCGGCAGAGCAAAAUAGCUGAAGAGAAAGCAAGAAAAGAGGAAGAAGAAGCUAAAAAGAAGGCAGAUGAUGAUGCAAGGAAGAAGAUGAUUUUGUCCAACCUGAGUUUCACUGGAUACAAGCAAACACAGCCUGGAACUAAAAGACAAACAGAAAGAGAAAAGAAGAGGAAGAUCCUAAUUGAUCGCCGCAAGGAGCUGAACAUCGAUCAGCUAAAGGAGGACAAACUGAGAGAGAAAGCAAAAGAGCUGUGGGACUGGAUGCGGCAGCUUGAGGCAGAGAAAUAUGAACUUCAGUUUCAGUACACAAAGCAAAAAUAUGAGAUUACGGUGCUCAGGAAUCGCGUCAGCGAUCAUCAGAAAAUAGUCCCCCACAAGAGCUCUGGAUCUCUGUAGUUCCUCCAGGAUUGUCAUGGGCUUCUUGGUUGUUCCCUGGGUUGGCACUAUCCUCCCCCUUAAUUAGGUGACUUCUGAAGGCUUCUGAAGGUAACUGCCACUGCCUUUUAUUUGGGAUAUCUUAAUGAAGGGGCUGAAUAGGAAUAUGCACCACACUUUUCUGAUGUGCAAAGCCAAAUACAAUGUCAGAUUUUUAUUUGUACAUUCAUUUUUCUUGCACUUUUGUAAUUCACAAUUAUACAAAACUUUGUGUUGAUCUACCACAUACAAUCCAAAUUAAGUACCGGUACAUUGAAUUCUGUGGUUCUAAAUUGAUAAAAAGCGAAAAGGUUCACUUGGUAAACAUACAACAAUGUAAGUAACAGAUUCAGGCCUCAAUGUUUCUGUUCACACUCAGUCAAACAUAAUGACUGUGCAAAAAAAGAGUGAGCAAAAGUAUUUGACCAAUCAGCAGGUAGAUGUUUCCAAACCAUGCAUUUAAAUUUAGACUCAGGGGAUAAAAUGGGGCCUAAAAUGGAAGCCCAACAACUAAAAGGGCUUAUUAUUUUAGCUGUUAUGUCACAUUAUCUCUGCUCAUGUAGCUAAUAAUUAAACAGAGCCCAGUCACAGCUGCUGCCUCUUAAAUCGUGUAUUAUUUGUGCAGGGCUACUGAACGUUACAAUUCAAACAGGGUCAAAUGGGGUCUUUAUUUGUAUGAAUUUGGUAAUCUAUCUAUAAUUAACACAAAACUCCUGUUAAUCCCAAUAAGUUUCAGAGAAAUAUUACAUUUUGCAAAUAUAAAACUCACCACUUCUUACAGAACAGGUGAGAUUGUCAUAUCCUGGAUGACUAAGAAUCUAUGCCAGUGUUUCACACAAGAAGCAGCAAAGAACAUUGUAAAUGAACAUGUAGAGGUGGAUACAAAUCUCCAUUCAUUGUACCUGAUUGCAUAAAAGCUAGUUUUAACACUGCAGCACAACUAGCUGUUACAGGAAGUUAGAAAAAUAGUGAGAAAAGUAGCAGUUCAUAACUCCCACGAACCAUUUUGCUAAAGUCUAUGGGAUGUUUUAGCAUCAAGUUGCCAAACUUUGUCACAUGGGAGCGUUACAGGUAUAAUCAAGUCACAACUCAACUUACACUCACAUGGAAUAGCACACUGAACAGAGGUUCAAAUUAAUGAUAAAACUUAUAGAAAACUCCAAAAAGCUGUGACAAUUGUCCAUCAAGUUUUUCUUUCAAAAUAUUUGUUUUACAAAGUUGUCUGUAAUUAAAAUAUUUUGAAAAACUUUUGGUUUGACAAAUAUUAGAUAGAAAUUUGUAAAUUAGAUUUUUAAAAAGCAGCAAUGUAAUUAAUGAUUAGGAAAGUUAUCCUGAAUUAAAAAAAAUAUUGCUCUUGUAUGUCUGUCUUCAGAAUAUAAAUAUAUACAGCCAUUACACUAAAAACAACGUUUUGAACAUAAAGUAAUAAAAGAACAUUUGUCUAAAGAAAAAAAUUAAGUUAGGUUUCAAUCCUUUUUUACAGAAGACAGGAGAUUGAAAUUCAUUCUUUCCUUUUAUAUUCUUGUCUUUUUACAAGUUUCACUUUACUACUAUCUUAGAGCCCUCUUCUAUAUUAUCUGCAACAGAUAUCAACCUUGGGGAGGGUAGAUUUUCUGCCAAAGUUGAAUUCUCGUCAUGCAACUUUUUUUGUGCAGUGACUCCUUUUAUGUAAAACUGUUUGUUCAUGAGUUUUUUAUGUUGCUGUUGUUGCUUAAAUAUUGAUGAUGAACAGCCACCAUGUCAAAGGUUCAUUCAGCUAUGACUCCUUGUUUGCCACUCCUAUUAUCAAGGCCAUGCAAAGUGAUAGCAUUCUGUCAGUGUUGUGUGCACAGGAAAUAUUUCACAUCUGAAUGAAUUGCUUAUAAAUUUAGAACUGUAUUUGCUCACAUCCUUAGCUGAAAAAUAUUCUCCCACACCGUUUUAGGGAGUUCUCCAGCAGGUUUUGUUUUUUGUUGUUGUUGCUGCUGUUACUCAUAUUUUCCUUUAAAUGUUUGCUUAAAGUUUAAAUUUUUACAAAAAAAAAAAAAAAAAACGGAGCUUUGAAAGUUCACAUUGAACAACAUCAUAUCUACUUUUAAAAAGAUGUUGGUGGUAGUAUCAUGCUUUUUUUCCAAUGGAACAAGAGGUCGAGUGAAAUCAUAACCGUUCUACAUUCCAGGUUUGACCUGACAACUUUAGGUGUCUGACAGUAAGGAGUAGAUAAAUAGCGAAGUUUAUUUGUAUUGCACCAUUCAUAUACAGGGCAACGGAAAGUGCUUUACAGAAAGAACAGAGUAAAAGAUGUUAACAUAAAAACGACAAUCAUAUAAAAGAAAGAAUAUGUGGGAUGCUUGUAGACUCCUACCAAAGAACACUGAAGGUUGAAAUUGAUGGCAUGCACAUUUAGGCAACUGUAUUAUUACCGCUUUUUUAUUUAUUUAUUUUCCCUUUGACAAAGUUGUUUGUUUUUCACUUGAAUUGUACAGGAUAUACAGCCUGUCACAUUACAUGUGGAAAAGGUUUUGAAAUGAUUUAUCAUGGUCUUGCCAAAAACCUCACUGUUUUACCAGGGGAGUGUAGACUUUAUUAGCCUAAUGGUUGUGAUUUCAGGAUGAACUUACAGAUUCCCCCUUAGUUCCCCAAAAACACAUCAUGUUAUUUCCAAAUGUCCAGGGUUUCUAACUUUGAGCACAAAGGUGUGUGAAAUAAAAGAUGAGUGCACUUGCUCAAAAUGUUUGGCAAACAAUCUUUCUAUAUAACAAUAAAUUCUGGAACACAAUUUAAAUAUAAAAUACACUGUUUAUUUGCAUUAAUGACAUUGCAAAAAAUCUCAAACAUCAGAGUAAAAAGACAAGUCACCCUAGAGCCACGUUUCCUAGACUGAUACCAAUUACAUUUCAAUGUUCUUUACGUGGACAAAUGUUGUGGUUUGUGUGCCAUCUGCAUUGGCAAAUCUCUGCUGACUUCAACUAUUCUCAGCUCAAAGGGCAGUCGGAGCAAGCGAGGCCUGAGGAAGUAACAUCUGACAUCUGCUGCAAACACUGGCAACAUCAGCUGUUCUAACAAAAAGUCACAAUAAAUUUGUAACUGUUUGUAAACAUCUGAACAGGCUAGAUCAAAAUCAGAUUUCUGAAAAUUAAAAACAUUGUACUGUAUGCCAGGUUUUGUUUUGGAAAGGGUAAACAGAAAAUGGUUCAACUAGGUUUGGUCAUCAGUGGUUAUUGAACUCUGUAAGAAUAAUUCUUUUGGAUGGAAUGAAUAAAAAUAAUGUUAUUUCAAAAAA